GACUCCUCACCAAGAUGCCGUUGGUGAAACGCAAUAUCGAACCCCGCCAUCUUUGCCGGGGGGCCCUUCCUGAUGGGGUGACCAGCGAGUUGGAGUGUGUGACCAACAGCACUUUGGCCGCCAUCAUUAAACAGUUGGGAAGCCUCAGCAGACAUGCUGAAGAUAUUUUUGGAGAACUCUUCAACGAAGCCAAUAGCUUUUAUUUGCGGAUGAACUCCUUGCAGGAACGGGUGGAUCUUUUGGUGAUCAAGGUCACUCAGCUGGACUCCACAGUGGAAGAAGUCUCCUUGCAGGAUAUCAACAUGCGGAAGGCUUUCAAGAGCUCUACCAUCCAGAAUCAGCAGGUGGUCUCGCGCAAUUCGAUCCCUAACCCUGUGAUGGAGAUGUACCAGCGUUGUGAUAAGCCUCCGCCCUUGAAUAUCCUCACUCCAUACAGAGAUGAUAAGAAAGAUGGCUUAAAAUUCUAUACGGACCCAUCCUAUUUCUUUAACUUGUGGAAGGAGAAGAUGUUGCAAGCCACAGAAGACAAGAGGAAAGAGAAACGCAGGCAGAAGGAGCAGCGACUGGUUGAGGAUUCCACACGGGAGGUGAAGAAAGUGCGGAAGGCGCGCAACCGGCGACUGGAGUGGAACAUGAUGGCUUACGAUAAAGAAUUCCGUCCAGAUAACAGGUUCUCACCAUCCCCAUAUCACAUGGCUUCAUCGGAAGGAUCACUGUCCCCAGAUAAUAGAUCUUAUGCAUCCGAUGUAGCUGAUCAUUCCUACCCAGCCAGUCCUAACCAUCCUGGCCAACAGAUGAUGGCUCCAGCCACACAUCUGGCCACCGAGAACAAAGAGGUGGUCCUGGUGGCCACCCAGGUCCAGGAUCAGAUCUUCAGGCCCUCGGCAGUGGGAAGCCGGCAGAACAGCCUCAGCCGCGUGCAGCAGCCCCAUGUACCACAGCCACCCGAGACCAUGUUAAAUGGACCACGACCUCAGAUAAUCAAGGACUAUGGUCCUCAACCAGUGCCAAUGGCAGACUACUUUGUGCCACCUGCUCCUCCGCCCCCACCCCCCGUCAUCCCUUCUGCUCAAACUGCCUUCGACAGCCCCGUCUCAGCACCUUCGGCCAUGGCACCAAAUGCUGCACCUUCAGUUAGCCAUGCCACCUAUGCGCCUAUCCCUCCCCCUGCUGUGCCCUGCCCUUAUUCUGUCUCUCCUCCCCAGGCUGGCCCCAUGGGACCUCCUGUUGCACCUCCCCCUCCACCUCCUGGGCCCCCCACCAUCUCAGCCUCCCCUGCACACACAGUCUCCCCGCCUGCCGUGACAGUGGAAUCCCGGAAGCAGCCGGUGCCCCUGAUUCCAAUGACUGAUGCCAGGAGCGACUUGCUCGCUGCCAUCCGCCGGGGAAUUCAGCUGCGCAAAGUCCAAGAGCAAUGGGAACAGGAAGCUAAGAAGGAGCCGGUGGGGAAUGACGUGGCCACCAUUCUCUCCCGAAGGAUUGCUGUGGAAUACAGCGAAUCAGACGACGACUCAGAGUUGGAUGAGAACGAGUGGUCCGAUUAAAGAAGGGGCGGUGGGCUGCCUUUGGAGCAGGGGGGGGAGGUCUCCCAGGUUUUUUCCUGCCACCUUUCUGCCACCAGGCUUAGGCGACUCAGUGUUCCUGGCAGGUAAAUCACGGCUGCCCUGAGCAGCUCAGCCUCCAGGAGCUUUGCUUUUGUGCCAUGUUGUGUUGUUGACAAUGUUUUGAGGUAGCCUCUUUGUGGGCAGUCAGGCAUUAGGGAUCCUUAUCUUUUGAAACACUCAGUUGGGGGAUGGGUGGGGGAGGAGAAGACUGGCUUUCUCCUGAGUUUUCCCAGUGGUGAAAAUGACACCCGAAUUUUGUUCAACAUGCUAGAAAAAUGGAGCGACCUUCCCUUAGCCCUACACCAUGCAAGGCAGGGGACCGUUUGCAGUCAUUCCCACCCAAGAUUCCAGCCUGGGCCUGACAGAUUUAGACAGCCAUCAAUUUAUGGGGAUAAAUUUAAGCCAACACCCUUCCUAAAGAGACCCAUUCCUCAGAGCGCACAAAAGGGGGUGCGAAGAGAGGCUUCUCUCUGUGGAAAAUCCAGUAAUUUGGUUUCCAAAGUUAGAAGGAUGUAAAUCCUUCUUAAGUUUUUUUCCAUUGCUUCUAGCACUUUCAACUAAACUCCAGAAAGCAAAUUGGCUGGGAUAAAUUGCUAGCACUUUACAAGGGAAGGAGAAAAACAGGAUGACAGACAGUAGAUUUCAGAUUUCCCUAACCUGCUGAACACAACCAUAACCCCCAGCUUGCAAAUUCAGCAGCUGGGCUAACUGCAGCUUCUGAGAGCCUGAAUCCACAAAUCCUUCGGACCUCACAUAACAGCAUAGGAUUCCAUGGGCCAUGGUUUAUUUUGCAAGCCAUGUUAUGGCCAGUAGGAAGAGUUUGAGCCUUGCUACUGUUGGCAGUCAAACUUGACCAUAAGCCAAGUUCAGGGAGAGAUGGCAACGGUUGGACAAAGGGCAAACAAUCCCAGUUCAGAUGUGACCAAGGGGAGUUUGAGAAAAAAUCCCAGAUUAGCAGCCAUUGAGGGAGACGAAUUAGCAUUGCAAGAUUUUUUGACUCUACUUGUAGAAAACAUGAAUCCCCUGUUCUUCAGAAGACUAUUCUGACUCCACUUAGUGGGAAGAUAGAAUAUUUAUUUUCCCACUUUAUUAUUAAUCUGUCACCCAGGUGAAUGUGUGAAUAGUGAGCCAUGAAUGUUUCUAACCAUAAGAGUUUCAAAUGUCCGAGGGAAUCAGCAAAACCAGGCCAACAAUUAAUUUGCUGAGUUAUUUUGCAUUCUGAUCUAUAAUUAAUUUUUCUCAAUGUUGCCAUGGAGAAAACACUACAUUUCCUUCUCCUUUCCCCCCCCCUUUCCCCUAAUUGUGAAGAACUAAAACCAAAAUUGCUGUAAAAUUGCUUGUGCAUCCAGAAAAAAAGUUUGCAAAAUAUUAAUGGGAAAAUUCUGAUUUUUGAGCUGAUAUAACCAAAUAUGAUAAAACUGUCAACCAUCACAAACAGGGCAGGAUGGUUUUAGGUGCUUGUUUCUUUCCAGAAAGAUGCUGUGUACCUUUCCUUCCUGGUUUAAUCAUCUUAAAAUCCUUGAGCAGCCUUGAAAAUUAAAAUUUUCCACCAAAGUAAGUUGAUAUUCACACACUUUCAUAAAUACCCAAUUUUAUAGUUGUGCCUAUUUGGAAGUAAGUCCUGAUUGAGUUUCACUGGGCUUACACUCACUAAAUGUACAUAGGAAUAUAAUGGUAAUUUUUAAAAACAUAACAGUAUUUGGCAGUGAAUGAAAACAAGUGCCAAUUCCUCUCUCCUAAGAUCGCCUUUUUUUAAACUUAUAUUUUUCUUUUAUUCAGAACAAAGUUAAAAUACAAAAUAUAAAA